AUGUGCCCCAGGACAGAUGGACACCCCUUUGGCGAGAGCAGGUCGGGGCAGUAUUUGCUUCUCCCCCUCUUUCCUACAGAGAGAACAACGGAGAUCGGGCAGCUGAUCAGCUCCUACCUGGCUAAACAGAAGAACCUGGAGGACCAUACCGUUCACCUGCUCUUCUCUGCUAACCGCUGGGAACACGUACCAUUGAUGAAAGAGAAACUUCAUCAGGGGAUCACGCUUGUGGUUGACAGAUACGCCUUUUCUGGAGUGGCCUUCACAAGUGCCAAAGAGUUAAGCCCAGAAGAAGCAGCAGAACGAGGCAACUUUGGAAACGAACGUUACGAGAACAGCUCCUUCCAACAGAAAGUUCUACAGUCCUUCCAUCAUCUAAUGAAGGACAAGUCAUUAAACUGGAAGACAAUAGAUGCUUCAAAGAGCAUAGAAGACUUACACAGAGAAAUCAAGUCUGUUGCAGAGGAGACCAUACAGGAGGUUCAGAAUAAACCUUUGGGAGAACUCUGGAACUAA